UGAAAGAGAACCUGUGUUAUAUGUCAGGUCUUAUUGAUACAGAGAUUAAUAAGACAUAGAUCCUGCUCUUGAGGAGCUCACAUUUUAAUGGGAAGGGCCACCACUUGAACAGUGAGAAUACCGUGGAGUGACUGCUAUGUCAGAAAUAUGUAGAAGGUGCUAUGGGACAGGGGGAACACAGAGCAUGGGUACCCAUCUUAGUGGGGUGCAGGAAAGGCUUUCCAGAAGACAUCACAUGUGAGCUGAAGAAUGAGUAAGGAUUAGCAUGGCAAAGAUAAAGGAAGAUGGAAGAGACAUAAGAGAAUUUGGGGUUUCGAGGGAAGUGCAAAUCAUUUAGGUUAGCUGGGAGAGGAGCGCUCAGAAACAAGGAGUGGUGGAAGAGAUGGCUUGUAAGAUAGAUAGGAAGCAGAUCAUAAAAGUCCCUCUAAGCCACAUGAAAGACUCAACUCUGAGAACUAUCCAGAGGUAUUGAGUUUCUCUAUUGUCCUGUUUGGAUUUAGGGAAGACUACUUUAGCUGCAGUGUGGAAGAUAGAUUGGAAGUAGGGUGACCAGUCAGGAGGCUAUUAUUGUAGUCCAGGUGAGAGAUGAUUAUGACUUGAGUUAGGGUAGUGGCAGUGGGAGGGAAUUCAAGAUCUGUUUAUGUGAUGAGAACAGUAGGAUCUGGGACUGGUUAGAUAUGGGGACAGUUUCUGGCUUGUGCUACUUGUGCUAUUCACUAGGAUGGAAAACACUGGGGACAGAAGAGGUUUGGAAGGAAGGUGAAGUUUAAGUUUGGAUAAGUUGAAUUUGAAGUAGUUGUGAUCAUUGAGGUAGGGAUAUCUGGUAGACAUUAAAUAUAUGAGUCUGAAGAUCAGGAGAAAAUUUAGGGUAGAGAUACAAGAUUGAGAGUCAGCAGGGGAAUUUAAGCCAUGGGAAUGGAUGAGAUAGCCCAAGGAGAAUGUGUAUACUGAAAAGGGCUAAGGGCUAAGGAUAUUCCUAUGGCCUGGUUCUUCACUUCAUUUGUAUCACAUCUUCGGAGAAGCUUUCCUUGACUAACAUAUGUAAAAUAUCACCCCAUCACUCUUUAUUCAUUUACCCUGCUUUUAUUUGGUAACACAUUACUAUCCCAUACUGUGUUAGGUAUAUAACCCAUUGGCUUUUUGGCUACUCUCAGAUAUUUACAAUAGUUUAAUCAACAGGCAUUAAAAAGUUCAACCAUUCAAAAUUAAAAAUUCUAUUUCACAUUCAAUUUAAAGCUUCUCUUUCAGCCUUCAACCUCCAGUGCAGCUUGACUAAAGAGCCCACAGAUCUCCAAUGAAGAAAAGUGACUUGGUCUGUUCUUUCACUCUCCUGGCUCCACUUCCUCCCCCACUUGCUCUGCAGCUUCUGGCUCCUCCAGUGUUGAGGAUCCUUAUUCUUCUGCUAGAGUUGCCAGAUACACUCUGAGGAAACCACCUGGCCCAUAGACAACAUGGUCCCUAGGAAGUCUAGACCUCUUUCUUUGUUCUGCUGCUGUGAACAACUUUAAUCAGCCUUCUGCCUUCAGAUUUCUUCAGGCAACUCUGGGGUAGCUCUCCUGGCCUGGUAGCUUUGAAGAAAGAAGAGUAGAAGGAAAAACUAGAAUAAGUCAUGUCGGAGAUACUUGACCUCUCUUUUCUGUCUGAGGUGGAAAGGGAUUUGAUCCUCAGUGUUCUACAACGAGAUGAGGAGCUCCGAAAAGCAGAUGAGAAAAGGAUUAGGCGACUGAAGAAUGAGUUACUGGAGAUAAAAAGGAAAGGGGCCAAAAGGGGCAGCCAACACUAUAGUGAUCGGACCUGUGCCCGGUGCCAGGAGAGCCUGGGCCGUUUGACUCCCAAGACCAACACUUGUCGGGGUUGUAAUCACCUGGUGUGUCGGGACUGCCGCAUCCAGGAAAGCAAUGGUACUUGGAGAUGCAAGGUGUGCGCCAAGGAAAUAGAGCUGAAGAAGGCAACUGGAGACUGGUUUUAUGACCAGAAAGUGAAUCGCUUUGCUUACCGCACCGGCAGUGAGAUAAUCAGGAUGUCCCUGCGCCGCAAACCUGCAGUGAAUAAAAGAGAGACAGUGGGACAGUCCCUCCUUCAUCAGUCACAGAUGGGCAAUAUCUGGCCAGGAAGAAAGAUCAUUCAGGAGCAACAGAAGGAACCCAGUGUGCCAUUUGAAGUCCCCAAGCUGAAAAGUGGAAAGAGUGCUCUGGAGGCUGAGAGUGAGAGUCUGGAUAGCUACAUGGCUGACUCGGAUAGCACGUCCAGGAGAGACUCUCUGGAUAAAUCUGGCCUCUUUCCAGAAUGGAAGAAGAUGUCUACCCCCAAAUCUCAAGUAGAAAAGGAAGCUCAGCCUGGGGGUCAAAAUGUAGUAUCUGUGGAUGAGGGUGAAAUGAUAUUCAAGAAGAACACCAGAAAAAUCCUCAGGCCUUCAGAGUACACUAAAUCUGUGAUUGAUCUUCGCCCGGAAGAUGUGGGGCAUGAAAGUGGCUCCUUGGGAGACAGAAGCAAAUCUGUCCCAGGUCUCAGUGUGGAUAUGGAAGAGGAAGAGGAAGAAGAAGACAUUGACCACCUGGUGAAGUUGCAUCGUCAGAAGCUAGCCAGAAGCAGCAUGCGAAGUGGCUCUUCCAUGAGUACGAUUGGCAGCAUGAUGAGCAUUUAUAGCGAAGCUGGCGAUUUCGGGAACAUCUUUGUGACUGGCAAGAUUGCCUUUUCCCUGAAGUAUGAGCAGCAAACACAGGCUCUGGUCAUUCACGUGAAGGAGUGCCACCAUCUGGCCUAUGCUGACGAAGCCAAGAAGCGCUCGAACCCAUACGUGAAGACUUAUCUUCUGCCUGACAAAUCCCGCCAAGGAAAAAGAAAAACCGGCAUCAAGCGGGACACCAUUAAUCCGCUAUAUGAUGAGAUCCUCAAAUAUGAGAUCCCAGAAUCUCUCCUGGCCCAGAGGACUUUGCAGUUCUCGGUUUGGCAUCAUGGUCGUUUUGGCAGAAACACUUUCCUUGGAGAGGCAGAGGUCCAGAUGGAUUCCUGGAAGCUUGAUAAAAAACUGGAUCAUUGCCUCCCUUUACAUGGAAAGAUCAGUGCUGAGUCCUCGACUGGCUUGCCAUCACACAAAGGCGAGUUGGUGGUUUCAUUGAAAUACAUCCCAGCCUCCAAACUCCCUGUUGGAGGUGACCGGAAAAAGAGUACAGGUGGGGAAGGGGGAGAGCUCCAGGUGUGGAUCAAAGAAGCCAAGAAUCUGACGGCCGCCAAAUCAGGAGGGACUUCAGACAGCUUUGUGAAGGGAUACCUCCUUCCCGUGAGGAACAAGGCCAGUAAGCGUAAAACUCCUGUGAUGAAGAAGACCCUGAAUCCCCACUACAACCAUACAUUUGUCUACAAUGGUGUGAGGCUGGAAGAUCUCCAACACAUGUGCCUGGAACUGACUGUGUGGGACCGGGAGCCCCUGGCCAGCAAUGACUUCCUGGGCGGGGUCAGGCUGGGUGUUGGCACUGGGAUCAGUAAUGGGGAAGUGGUGGACUGGAUGGACUCGACUGGGGAAGAAGUAAGCCUAUGGCAGAAGAUGCGACAGUACCCAGGGUCUUGGGCGGAAGGGACUCUGCAGCUCCGUUCCUCGAUGGCCAAGCAGAAGCUGGGCUUGUGAGCCCCUAUCCUUCUCUGCAGCUCCAGCCCUGUCUAGGGCAAGUCAGAGGAAGCGAAGAAACCAAGGGUGAAGAUUUAUAAUUUAGUGUGUGUGUAUGUGUGUGUGUGUGUGAUAUAUGUGUGUGUAUAAACGUGUAUUUCUACAAAUCUCAUUAUGCUAGAGUGAUGUAGACUUCCAUCCCUUUUUAAAGCAGGCUUGAAAAUAAGCGUCUCUUCAAAAUGUUUUUAUUUGUGCAUAAACUAUAUAUUUUCAGAGUCCAUGUUUCUUAUAUCUUUAUGAGAUUUAAUUAACUUAUCUUUUAAAACAACUUUUUAUCACCUGUCUUGCUAUCCUGGUUCCUCCUUCCCCAGGAAGCCCCAGCUGCCUUUGGCACUCAUACUGGUCUGUGUGUUUCAAGGUGUGCCUGGUCUGAGGCCAAGGCUCCGGGAAACAGGGGUGGGUUACAGAAGAUGGGGUGGAAGACAAGAUGGGAGAGAGGUGAGUAGGUCCAUCCUUUCUUCUCCAAUUUAUGCUUUUAACUCCAUUUCUACCUUCACACAUUUCUGGAACUUGGCUUUUAACUCUUCUUGUUUGUAGCAGUUUCCACCUUGCUUGGGUCGAAUGGUUUUCUUGGAAAUGCUAAGAAAAUGUCUAAGUUGCUUCCCGUUCUGAACACCUUCCCUAGACCUUUGGGGAACCCUUAUAACAGAGCUGCUUUAGAAGAGCACUUUAAUUAGAUAAUGGCCUUUGGACUGGGUCAUGGGCAUGCCCAGUAAGGGCUUCUCAGUGGUCUCCCAGCCCAUGCUGAAUUCUUUGCAUUUUAAACUGAUACAGCGGUUGUUAAAGAGCUCCUAAUUUCUCUAAUGAAAGACAAGACGUCUUCACUCUCACGUACCACACUUUUCUUAGCGUUUGUGUCCGCCAUAUGUUACCACCCAGAAUAGGGUCUACAUGCUGUUAUGUCAGCCAGAAUGGCCACGUAUGGUCUAAACCAGUCCAGUGUUUCUUCAGGCUGGGCACUGCUGGUGUCCAAGAGAGUGUGUUCAGAGAAUCUUCCAGGUUUUCUGACUUCCUUCUUGAAGUGGUUUCGGUUCCUAUUUUUUCUGUUGUUUCCUAAAGUUGACCUAGAUGUAACCUGGGUGUGCUGGGUUGAGACCUUUCUAAGAAGGGUCUAGCGAUCUCAGGUUCAUUUUCUGAAACUCACUGUCCCAAACUGACCUUCUUAUUCUCACAGUUUUAUCUGCACAAAGUCAUUUGUAAAAGGAGUCUGUACCGGAGAAGAAAUCCCUUUCAGUAGAGUUGGCUGCUAGCGGACUCUCCUGUAAGGCUACUGGAUUGAAGGUGGCCACUGCAGUUUUCUGUUGUAUGUGUGAAGUGAACGGAAGAGUGUUUUAAAAAGGUUUAUUCGGUGUGGAUUGAUAUUGUAAUGGAAGGCAUAACUUGGGAUCCUGGACUGUCACUUGCUCCUUUGUUCUCCACCCCCUGAAAUGUGUGUGUGCUUCAAUAAAGCUUUCUUCCUUGUCAA